CUGUAAGAUACAGAUGCAAUAUUCAAUAUUUUGAUUUUUAUGUUUGUCUGUUUGUGUAAGUAAAUACUUAUCCACCAUAGGUGAAAGAUGAACAAGAGACCAAAGUUAGAUUUAAUGUUUGAUAAACUGUUUGAAGAACUACCAACAUUUGCGAAGGAUGCCAGUAAAGUUCCUUACUCAUAUAAUACACAAACUGGUAACUUUAAAUAUGAUAACUUGGUUAAUCAGAAAUCCAUGAAGCAAAAAAGAAAAGACACAUCAAAUUUAUUUUCAUAUAAAGAUACUAAAGAACAAUUAGAAAACUUAACAAACAGUGAUUUGAUGGUAAAGGAUUUGCCAGGUCUGUUAAUAAGUACAGAAAAUGAUUUGAAAUUAUCGUCUGGUAGAAAUAAUAACCACAGCAAAACUUUUAAUAAACCCUGUGAUCAGACACCACAGUAUAUAUCAGCAUCAGUACUUCAUUAUCAUGAUGAACAGUCAGGUAUAAGUCAUGCAAAUUGUGAAGAUAAAAGUGUUGAAGGUAAUGAUAAACAGUUAGAAAAAUAUGUAAAAAAUCAUCAGUCAUUAAGUUGUAAUAGUCAAAUUCAUACUUUUGAUGCAUACACACCAGAAAAUGGUCACUGUAAUCAUAUUAUGAACUUGUCAGCAGCAUUAGACAACAGUCACUCCAACCAUGUGAUUAACUUGUCAGCAACAUCAGAUGAAAGUUUAUCUGAUAUUAAUGCAGCUGUAAAUCAGUUGAUGGAACAGUCAAAUCAACACAAGUACACACCAGAAAGUAAUGUUAUGUUUCCAUGGCAACAGUGGCCAGUAAAUCAGUCAUCUAGUUUGUUGUUAGAGAAGGGUCAACAGCUUCUAAAUCAGGAUCAACUAGACUUGAAGCCUUCUACAAGAAAAAGUUCCACUUCGAGUUUGGCAAAUAAAAGACAAGUUUUAAAUUUAGAAGAGAAGUAAGUAUUGAUCAAUGUGUUUAUACAAAUGACUGUAAAAUAUUAAGUUUGUUUAGGAAAUAAUAAAUAAUUACAAGACAGUAUCAAGGGUAAAUAUUUUGAUUGGAUGUAGUACAAGUAUUAGUCAUUCUGGAAAGUUAUGUCAACAGUAACAUUUACCAAAUCAUUAUUAAAAGUUUAAAAGGAAACAAAAAUAAAUAAAUAAAGGACAUAAG